AUGAAAGGAGAGACCCCUGUAAACAGCACCAUGAGCAUUGGGCAAGCCCGAAAAUUGGUGGAGCAGCUCAAGAUAGAAGCCAGCAUGUGCCGGAUAAAGGUAUCCAAGGCAGCCGCUGACCUGAUGACAUACUGUGAUGCCCACGCCUGUGAGGAUCCCCUCAUCACUCCUGUGCCCACCUCGGAGAACCCCUUCCGGGAGAAGAAGUUCUUCUGUGCCCUGCUCUGAGCUGCAGCAUCCCCGCCGCCCCCGAAGCUGCUCCGGGUUCCCAAACUGAAGCCCACCCCGCGAAGGCAUCAGAAGCACAAGUCAGCCUCCCGUCUCAUCUCUUCUCCCACCCCAGACAGCUGCAAGCAGGGCGAAGUCGAGGGGCACUGCCCCCGAGUCCGGGGCCCAGACCAUGGAGGGGAUUACGGGGAG